CUACGGUGCACUUACAUAUAUUAAUAAAUAAUAAACCUAAAAGAAAAAGCCUCCACCUCUUAUCCCCUUAGACUCCUCACUCCUACAGUUAUUGCCUCUCUCAGUGAUAGAGACCAAACCUAAGGCCUCCUGAAAGCUGGGCAAGCAUCUUGACACUGAGCCGCAUCCUCACACACCCUUCUUACUGUACCAGAUGGUCUCUUAAAUAGACACCGUCUUAUUUUUUUAUGGUGAUCUAUAAAAUGGCAGCCAUAGGAAGUUCUCCCCUCCUUCCGAACGUCACGAGUCCUUAAUCCAGUCCCACAUGCUGUGGUGACCCCAACCAGAGUCAUUUUCACUGCUACGUCAUAAUUGCAAUUUUUGUCACUGCUAUGAAUCGUAAUGCAAAUAUCUGAUAUUUCUGAUGGUCUUAGGCAACCCCUGUGAAAUGGUUGUUCAACUCCUAUGGGGUUGUGACUCACACAGGUUGUGAAACCCUGGAUUAAAGAAUACAGCUAAGGAGUUUUACUACUUCAUGCUAACGGAGAGAGAGCCAGGAUUUUAACUCAGGCAGGUUGGCUUCAGAGUCCAAAUAGCUUAGCUGUGGUACUCUCAGGAGUCGAGACUUCUAGGGAAAGACCUUGAUUCAAUCCAGGUUAUAAUUAGUUAAAUUUAUUGAUACUGGUAGCAGGACAGCAAUCUCUGAGCCAAAUUAGAGUCUGCCACUCAAAGGGGAAUAAGGGAUGAGGAAAGGAUUUUUAAAAAUGAAGACCACAAGACCUUGAGUAUCUGCAUAUGCAAGCCAAGAGCUGUUUUGCUCUGCCAAGAGGUAGUAGUCAAGGGGACCUCAAAGUAGUCCAGAAUGUCUGCACAAGAAUGUCAGAGAAAACAAAACAAAACAAAACAAAACCAACAACAGCGACAAAUACCGAUUCUAUCAAAACAAGUACAGAUGUAGGCUUGUGGGUGAAGGCCGGUGUGUCAGGGUUACUGGGAACUUAUUUUCCUGGCAAAUCAAAAGACAAGUGGCUAUUGGAACCAAGAUGGAUACCUAGCACGAAAGGCAGUCAUCACAACUCAAUGGCCCCUGAGUUUUCCAAAGGAACAGAAACCACCUUCCUUCAUGUUUCUUCCUGUCUGCUCCUUCCUCUCUGUGAUACUGGAGAGAACAUUGAGUUUUGGAAGGAAGCUGAGUUGGAUUUAGAUUACAGCCCAGCAGCCCCUUGCUACCUGUGUGACAUUUUGCAAAGUCGAUCUCUCUUUAGAGUCUGGGCUUCAAUCUCUGCGUCUGUGACAUGUGUGGGGGCAGGGGUGGGGGCACCGCCACUAUCCGGCGCUGUUCUGGUGACCCUUCCUUGUACUUCUUUAGCACAGGAGCAGUGCUUAGUAGAUGGGACUCCUAGGUCCUUUCUUUACCCAGCCCACUCCUAUCUGCUCCACCUUCUGCUAGAUCAGCCACCCUCCAAGAGUCCCCCCACCCCAGGGUGUGUCACUUCCUCCUCUGCUGCCUCUCCAUCUGUACACAAGGGCUGCCACUGCCACCGGCGGAGGAAGGGCUGCUCCUCCUCAAGCACCUCCUCCUGCUGCUCAUCCAUUUGUUUCUCCAGUGGAGCCAGAGGGAGGGAAGGAGAUUGCGAUGCUAUACGUGAGUGUUUUCUGAGAGCUAAGGCUUACUUACUCUUGUGCUUCUCCCAGCAUCUCCUGUCUGUCCCUGGCUGCUAUCUUUGCAACUUGAUGUUUUUUGCACAGUCCAGAAGUCUUCCCACUUGGCACCUUAGCCACAGACUCCACAUUCCUGGUCUACUGAGGCUUGCACUGUACAUGUGCAUGCUCACACACAUGCACACACACACACAUGCACACGCACACAUACGCAUGCGUGUGUGCAUGGAAGGAGACAGGCAGCAGGUGGCAAGAUACAUGGAUUGCCAAAGAAGGGAGAAAGGGACAGAAUUGAGAGGGGCAGGAGAGGUCAUGUAUGAGUUCAGAGCCCCCUUUAGGAGAGAUGAGUGGACUUGAUGUCUCUGUCUUGUGGGGGGAGUGGAAGUGAAGCCCCAUCUAUGAGAUGAGUCAGAACUAAAUUUUGUGCUGCAGAGUCUCGAGCCUCCCUGACCACAGCGCAAAGCACGCAGGUCUGAGGUUUCAGUGAGGUUAAGCCUGGGGUCAGCCUCUCCCUGAGAGCAGAAGCUCUGUAAUGUACUACACCCAUCUGAGGUCACAUGGGGUGGUGAGCAGGAUGGGGUGUUCAACGGCUCAGUACCCCACCCUUCCCCAUACUCCCUGUAAAGAGCAUCAGUACCUGAGUCUGGACCCAAGCUGAGGGGGUUGUGGUUGCUGGCUAGCAGGCUCUUGUACACUGCUGGUGGCCAUGGGAACACCAUAGCACAAUCCCUAGGGAGCUUACGCUGCAGUCUCUACUUACCAGUGUUGCCGGCGGGUACUGCCAGUCUUCCAGAGGGUUCCUUGAGAGUCAUCUGCACGUGUGUGAUGGCUGCAUGUGCUUUCCUUGUGUGUGUGUGUGUGUCAUGAUUAGUCACAGUAGGCAAUUAGAAACCAUUACAUUUUUGAGACUGGAGAGAGCAUUCGGUGGCUAAGAGCACUUGUUGCUCUUGCAAAGGAUCCAGGUUUGACGCCCCCCUCAGCACCCACAUAUUGCUUAACAACCAUCCAUCACUGCAUUGGCAAGGGACCUGAUGCUUCUGCGCUCUGGGGGCACGCGUGACGUUAGACACAUCAAGGAGAAGGAAUUAAUCCGACCAAAAAAUAUUAAAAUCUAAAAGAAAGAGAAGAAACUAUGAAGGUUUUAGGUGAAGUCGAAGGUGGAAACGAGGGGUUUUAACAUGCUUGUCAGAUGCUGUGCUAGACAUCCAUCAGACCCCAGAUAAUUGAAUGUGACGCCCAUCAUUUUAGGUUAACUACUUGUUAACUCACACAGAGGGAGUUUAUAAGGAAUUACGGGAUCUCUCUAUGUAGUCCAGGCUGGUCUAGAACUCCUUAUGUAGACGAAGCUGGCCUUAAACUCACAGAGAUCCACCUACCUCUACCCGCCCUGCGCUAUCAAACAUGGCUCUGCAGCUCCAGUUCUGGUUUACUAAUGCUUAGCUUUAUGUUACUACCACACACACACACUCUCUCUCUC